AUGGCCGAGGACGACGAAUGGACUACCAAGGCGAACGAUGUCUUCAACAUCUCUCUCGUCACCAAGUCAGACCAGCCUCCUCCAAAGACUAUCGAAAGCUUCCAACCAAAAUGGACGUACCCGAUUUACGAAGAGGAGGAGAUUUAUGGCUACCAGGGACUGAAGAUCAACCUUCGAUACAAUGCAUCCGACAUGCGCCCACAUUUCUCGUACACGAAAGCCAAGGAGGUCCCAGCAGAUGUGGCUGACAAGGAUCAAACUGAAAUCAAGGAGUCAAUCGAAAGGUUUCUUCCAGAGGUCGCCUUUGCGAGGAAGGCAGACUUCGAGACGUACGUUCAGAACACACCGGACGACUGGAAGCCACCAGGGACUCUCAUCUCGACAUCUGAAGGCAAGGACGAGACAUACGAGAUCUGGAAGGGCAGUCUCGCCGACCCGGCUGUCUUGCAGUUGGUGAAGAGAAUCCAAGUGCUGGUGUCUCUGUUCAUCGAGGGAGGCACGCCAAUUCAUACCGAGAGCACCGACGAGUACGAGCAGGAUCCUCUUGAACGGUGGACUGUUUUCUUCCUGUACCAGAAGCGCCCUGUGACAAGCAAGCCCGGCCAGUUCUCGUACGUCUUCGCCGGCUACUCGACCGUCUACCGACUCUACGCUCUGCAGCCACAAAAUGCCAGUACCAAUCUAACCACUGGUGACUUUGAGCUCCCGGCACAGAAUGCGUUCACGGAUUUCCCCUGCCGUUCAAGGAUAUCUCAGUUCAUCAUCCUGCCGCCUUUCAGUAAGAAGGGUAACGGCAUGCGGCUAUACCGACAGAUCUACAAGACCCUGCUUGACGAUGAGAAGACGUUCGAGAUCACUGUCGAAGACCCCAACGAAGAUUUCGACGUUGUGAGAGACAUGGCAGAUCUUUCAUAUCUACGAGAGCAGGACGACUUCAAACAGGCAGUCCAAAUCAAUACCAACGUCGAGAUCCCGAAGAAAGGCACUCUACCGAAGGAUAUUGUGGACAAGAAGGCUCUUGAGGCGCUGCGAACUAAGUACAAGAUCGCUUCUCGACAGUUUAAUCGGCUCAUAGAGUUGAACUGCUUCUUCAAGUUGCCCGACUCCGUCCGCCCAAGUCUUGAUAUAGACGCUGCAGGCUCCAGGAGCAGGAAAUCCACGAAAGCCGAGGAUCAUGAGUACAGCUUGUGGAAGCUGUUGACGAAGUCUCGGAUCUAUGCGCAGAAUCGGGAGAUAUUGAGCCAAUUGGAGCCUGAUGAGCGCAUAGCUAAGCUGGACGAGACGGUGUUUGCCGUAGAGCUCGAGUACGCGUUGCUGCUGGCGCGGUUCAAGACGAGGCAGGCCUUACAGGCAGAGGAGAAGUCGGCCGGCAAGAAGAGAAAGUUGGGUGAUGAUGAAGAGUCACCGAGCGGCAAGAAGCCGAAGACCGAGGAUGCCUGA